AUGAAAGUAACAUCAAUCGUUGCAUUUUCUAUUACAUUAUUAGCAUCAAUAGUUGAUUCACAAAAAGCAUGUAAUGGAUAUGCUGAAUUGUGUGAUAAGUUAUACUCAGAAAUAGCUUAUGUGACGACACAUAAUUCAUAUGCUGCUGGUAAACAACCAGCUGCAAAUCAAAAUUUUAACGUUUCAGUACAACUUAAAGAUGGUGUUAGAGGACUUAUGUUGGAUUCCGUUUUUCCUGAUGACAAUCCAAAAGAGAUGCACUUAUGUCAUGGUAACUGUAGAUUACUUGAUGCGGGUCCCGCAGUGAAUACUUUAACAACAAUUGCUGACUGGUUAAAUGAGAAUCCAAAUGAGGUUGUCACUAUCAUAUGGGAAAAUACUGCUAACGUACCUACAUCCGCUUUUAAUGAUGUUUAUACUCAAUCUGGCUUGGGUAAAUUUGGUCAUGUUCAAGAAGUUGGAAAAGGUUGGCCUAGUUUAAGUAAAAUGAUUGAUAGCGGUAAAAGACUGGUAAAUUUCAUCAAUCCUCCUUCUGAUGGAUCCAUUCCAAUGUUAAUGUCAGAAUUUGAAUAUGUAUUUGAGACACCGUUCGAGAAUGAAAAUCAAAAUGGAUUUAAAUGUACAGUUGAUCGACCAAAAGGCAAAGAACAGCCUUUGUACGUUCUAAAUCAUUUCUUAUAUAAUAACUUAAUACCUAUGGAUAAUCAAAUUCAAUUACCUCAACCCGGUCUGGCAAACAUAACGAAUUCUGCUAGUUUGGCUGAUCAUGCUAAACAAUGUCAACAAACUUUUAACAAAAUUCCAAAUUUCAUUGCUGUCGACUUUUAUGAUAAGGGAAGCAAUGAUGGUCAAAAUGUUUUUUCGAUUGUUGCCGAGUUAAAUAAUGUUAAAUAUACUCAAACCCAAAUAGGUGAUGGUACAACGAAUGGUGGUAAUACUGAUAAUGGAAAAGUUAAGAAGAAUGCGGCUCAACCUAGUGUUUUAAGAAAUUUUAAUGCCUUAAUUGGUUUAGCUAGUGUUAGUACUUGGGCUAUGUUCGUAUUGUAG